GAACAAGGGAACAACAACGAUCCUCACUCGUUCUGUUACCUUGAAGAGAGGAAAGGCGAUCGGUGGGAGGAAAAAAAAAAACAAACAACAGCCGAAGAAGACGGUAAACUCGAAGGGAAGGAGAUUGUCCGAGGAGUUGGAGAGGAAACCAGAAGGGCGGAUCGUGAAUCUUUGCAAGACUGGUGCCCGGGUGUGCGAGAGAGAAAAGGAACGGAGCCAGCCGCUGCCAGAUGCGCUAGGCGCUCGUCCCUAGAGAACACUGCUGGGUCAAACAUGGAAGCUCCAAAUGGAGACGAGUGGCAGGCAAAUCAACUGGCCAACGCUGCCGCCCGCGGAGAUCUGGAGACAGCGACGAGGCUGCUGGAGAGCGGGGCGGAUCCCAAUGCCACCAACGUCUUCGGCCGGAGCCCGAUUCAGGUUAUGAUGAUGGGAAACUCCAAAAUGGCAGAGCUGCUGCUGCAGAGAGGAGCAGAUCCCAACCAGCCAGACCCCUCCACAGGUGCAAUGCCAGCCCAUGACGUGAGCCGGGAGGGAUUCCUGGACACUUUGAAGCUCCUACACCACUGGGGGGCUCGCUUUGAUCAUCUGGACAGAUGGGACCACAGCCCGCUAGACCUGGCAAGAAUGAAUGGGCACAAUCACGUGGUUGAUUACUUACAAGAAUUAUCUGGUUGAAAUGUUUCAAUGUGAUACACGAAGAAGCAGUAGAAAGACUGGAAAAGGGAAUGCUGCUGAAAAGUAAUGAAAAUAACAGCAAUAAAGACCAUGGUAGCUUGGACAGACCUGGGACGGUCAUACUGGAUGCCCUUUUUUCCUCAUGGAAAGACUAGAAGGUACAUGCUCUUUCCGACUGAAAGUAGGGUCUUCUUUUUUUUUUUCCAGGCUAUUCUCAUAAAAAAAAAAACAUUAACUGCAUAUAGGGAAUUUAUCAAUUGGAAAAAUUAUGAGUUCUCUCUUCUGGCUUGCUAAUUUGACUGUAUAUGUCCUCAGAUUUCCUCCCCACUUCUCUCCUCCCGCCCAAACGGAACUGCAACUCACCAUAGAAUUCUCUUCCAACCCUUGCGUUGUACUGCAUGGUUCCAAUGGUUUUAUGUUCAUUUGUCCUGCUUGUUCAAAAUAAAUAAUUUAUUCCUA